AUGGCAUUCCCCCUUCCUGCGAUAUUGGCUGGGCUGUCGACGUUGCCUCCAAAAAAGUCUGCGGCUAGGUCCGCCACCGCCCUCCACUUACGGGACACCCAUCUCACCAUCGCUCACGCUUGCCUCGUCCAUGUCGAGCACAUCACAAUUUCACUCGCACUCGCACUCGCACUCGCGGUCACACUCCCGGAGCGCAAGGGGUCGGUGAAGUCCGAGUACUGCGACUCCAAGCACGACAAAGGCCCUGCGGGCAGCGGGGCGUCCAGACAGUCUCUGUUCCCAUUUGGCGGCAAUCCGAAGACCUGGCCUGGAUCACUUGGUGUUUUCAACGAUGGUGCACAGCUAGGUCAAGGCCCAUCCUCGCCCGCACUGCUAUCGCCACCAACAGUUGUUGGGCCAGCCGAUGAGGACGAACCCAAAGUGCUCGUCGCAGAUGGUGCGGCCCUCCGCACGAUCUCACUGAAGCUUCGGCACUGGCUCGACACGGGCAACUCGUGA